UACGUGAUCGUUUUAAAUUACAUGGUAUACGUAUUGGGCAGAAAGGCUUCAAAUUUGAUGCAGAUAAUAUGUAUGCACCACAUAAUUAUAUACCACGUUUAGUUGCUUAUACAAGUUCUCAUGAUAAUCCAACAGUAAUACAAUGGUGGACAAAGGAAGCAUCAUCACAAGAAAAACGUCAUUUUAUUGAUUAUAUUCGUCGCCCUAUUGAAGGUCAAAAUGAAACAAUUGAUGGUUUGACAUUAGAAAAACAUGUCGAUAAAUAUAUUUGUUGGUAUUUAAUACAAUUAAUCAUGCAAUCAGCUUCUAAUGUAGCAAUUAUUCAAAUACAAGAUAUUUUAAAUGUAGAAACAAGAAUGAAUGUACCAGGAAGUAGUAAGUCAUUCUGGUUCUGGCAUAGUAUUUUGUUUUUAGUUGAUUAUUAUGUUGUCUAUUGAUCAACAGAAGAUCGUUUUAAAAUGAUCAAUUUACCGAUUUGCCCCAGUUCUAACUCGUUCAUUACGCAAAUUAUCUAAUGCUUUCUUAGAUAUUUUUUAUCAUGAAAAG